UUAUGUUAAUGAACAGCAAUACUUAGGGACGUCUCUCUAGGAGGCUUAAAGUGUUACAAGCACAUCAACAAGCAUUAAUAAAUAAGAUCUCUUGACAAAAAUCGUAAGGUUUAUUGCUUAUAAAAGCGAAGUCUACUUGCACUGGCAGCACCAAUAAAGAGGAAGGAAUUCGCUAUUAAAAUAUGGUGUUGAAAACGGUGGCCAUUGAGCAGCAGCAGAGCAGCAGCAGGCUGAUUUAUUAUUUAUUGUUCUGUCCCACAGUGACGUGUUCAGGGCGCCUUAUCCAAUCUUGGACAAUGUUCAACUUGCAGUGAGCGGCGAGGCUGCUGCAGGAAGAGGCGCAAACACCCUGCAAUGAGACGCCGUUUGCGCCAUUUUGCAGGAUUUUAACACUAGGCGGUUUUUUUUUUUUUUUUCCCCCUUUUGCUAUUUGCCUCCUUUUUAUUUGUUGUUGCCAUGUCGACGCUGAGCUACUACGCGGACGCGGGUGUUGUCCAGGAGCAGGAGGACGUGCCAGUGAGGUUCCCAUCAGCUGCAGGGGUGGAGCAGGCGAUGCUGGGCGAAUAUGGCGGACAAGACGCGUGUCCUUUGCAGAAAUCCUCCAUUUUCGGGGCGUCCUGGGGUCCCAUGGCGGCGCACGCACCUCCCAACCCGACCACGCCGACCUACAUCCAUCACCACUACACCGGCAGCGGGGACGCCGAUGGCAUGUUCGCCCGCUCCUGGGCCUUGGAGCCGGUGUCUGCGCCCCUGUGCUUGACCGGACUGCCGUCGACGGCCAUGCAUUAUGAGAUCAAACCGGAGCCGCUGAUUGGGAGUGGCGAGUGCACGACUUUGGAGACGCACACUCCUCUUUUGUCUGACUCAGAGAGCGCUGCGGCCUUGGCGGAGGUUCCCUGCGAGGGCACAUCCACGUCCAAGCCGCCGGAGAAGAGCCCUUCGGCGGGGGAGAGAAGGGAGGUGGACGCCAACAACCCCUCGUCCAACUGGCUGCACGCGAAGCCCACCCGAAAGAAGCGCUGUCCUUACACAAAGCACCAAAUCCUGGAACUGGAAAAGGAGUUUCUGUACAACAUGUAUCUCCCCCGGGACCGGAGAUACGAGGUGGCCAGACUGCUGAAUCUGACCGAGAGACAAGUGAAAAUCUGGUUCCAGAACCGCAGGAUGAAGAUGAAGAAAGACAACAAAGACCGCAGGAGAGACAGUUAAGUGCAAAUGUAAUAAUAGUCAUAAUAAUACUACUAAUGGUGCGUUAGAGAACCUGUAGGAAAAAGGAUUUUGGUUUGUGUUGUUGUAGUUGUUGUCGUCGUUCCGACCUGUUGUAGUUUGUGCUGUCGAAGCAAUGUUGGAUGUUCAUUUGCCCCCCGAACCCACGUGCGUGUUUGUGAGCUCCAUUUCUAUAGUGAAUUGUAUUUGGUGUUCAUAAUUUAAAUGCAUGAAAUAAUCCUCGACUAC